GAACCGGAUGUUGUUCUUCAAGCAAUAUGGCGACUAGCGUUCGUAGUAACCGCUUCUUCUUUGUGUGAGAAAGUUUGUGUUCUGAUUCGUCAAAGUCUCCGUAUGUCCGGAUAAACCUGCCUGACUGGACUCUGUGCUGUUCACCGUCUUUUUCUGGAUGUUUUUUCCUCUGACUCAUCUCUCGGUAGACUAACGUAGAAACAUAUUCAAGUUAGCUUAGCAUGCUAGCUGGCUAGCAACGCGGCGCUAGCCAGAGUGACUGAAGGAGGGAAAACUGUGUUUCUGACGGAGUUUGUGUGGAGACAAAGUUUGUGUCUCUUUGUGACAAUGUCUAAAGUCCAAACGGUGAGAGCGCUGGUGGAGCAGCGACUGACUGCGGCUGCUGAAGAGAUAUUUGGGCUGUUUGAAAGAACGAUAGCAGAGUACGAGGAGCAACUUUGUCGUUCAAAAGAGAAGAACGAGCGACAACAGAAACUACUGGACGCUGUUUUCAACCCUCAGAUUCUGCUACACAGAGCAGACGUUCAGCAGCUGUCGGUGAGCGAAGACGAGUUUCCCUCUGAGCAGCAGGAGAGGAGCUGCAGUCUGGACCAAGACCAGGAGGAGCCAGAGCCGCCACACAUUAAAGAGGAACAGGAGGAACUUGGGAGCAGUCAGCAGGGAGAGCAGCUUCAGGGGCUGGAGGAGGUUGAUAUCACCAAGUUCACAUUCACUCCUGUCCCUGUGAAGAGUGAAGAAGAUGAAGAGAAACCUCAGUCCUCACAGCUUCAUCAAACACAAACUGAACAGAUGGAAACAGAAGCUGAUGGAGAGGACUGUGGAGGACCAGAACCAGACAGGAACUCUGAUCCAGAUCCACAUUUACAACCUGAUACUGAGGAUGAGUCUGCAGACUCUUCUGAACCUGAGACUGAUGACAGUGCUGAUUGGAAGGAGACCAGAGAACCUCAGUCAGGUUUGAACUGUUUGAAAAAAGAUCGCCGCACUUUUACACGGAGUGGAACUUUAAAGUCACACAAGAGACUCCACACAGGAGAGAGACCUUUCAGCUGCUCAGUUUGUAAGAAAACUUUUAAACAGAGUGGAAUUUUAAAGUCACACAUGAGAGUCCACACAGGAGAGAGACCUUUCAGCUGCUCAGUUUGUAAGAAAACUUUUACACAGAGUGGACAUUUAAAGUCACACAUGAGAGUCCACACAGGAGAUAAACUUUUCAGCUGCUCAGUUUGUAAGAAAACUUUUACACAGAGUGGACAUUUAAAGUCACAUAUGAGCUUCCACACAGGAGAGAGACCUUUCAGCUGCUCAGUUUGUAAGAAAACUUUUACAUUGAGUGGAAAUUUAAAGUCACACAUGAGAGUCCACACAGGAGAUAAACUUUUCAGCUGCUCAGUUUGUAAGAAAACUUUUACACUGAGUGGAAAUUUAAAGUUACACAUGAGACUCCACACAGGAGAGAGACCUUUCAGCUGCUCAGUUUGUAAGAAAACUUUCCCACAGAGUGGAACGUUAAAGGAACACAUGAGAGUCCACACAGGAGAUAAACCUUUCAGCUGCUCAGUUUGUAAGAAAACUUUCAAACGGAGUGGACAUUUAAAGUCACAUAUGAGCUUCCACACAGGAGAGAGACCUUUCAGCUGCUCAGUUUGUAAGAAAACUUUCCCACAGAGUGGAACGUUAAAGGAACACAUGAGAGUCCACACAGGAGAGAGACCUUUCAGGUGCUCAGUUUGUACGAAAACGUUUACACAGAGUGGAGCUUUAAAGUCACACAUGAGACUCCACACAGGAGAGAGACCUUUCAGCUGCUCAGUUUGUAAGAAAACUUUUACACUGAGUGGACAUUUAAAGUCACACAUGAGACUCCACACAGGAGAGAGACCUUUCAGCUGCUCAAUUUGUAAGAAAACUUUUAGACUGAGUGGACAUUUAAAGUCACACAUGAGACUCCACACAGGAGAGAGACCUUUCAGCUGCUCAGUUUGUAAGAAAACUUUUACACUGAGUGGAACUUUAAAGUCACACAUGAGAGUCCACACAGGAGAUAAACUUUUCAGCUGCUCAGUUUGUAAGAAAACUUUUACACUGAGUGGAAAUUUAAAGUCACACAUGAGACUCCACACAGGAGAGAGACCUUUCAGCUGCUCAGUUUGUAAGAAAACUUUCCCACAGAGUGGAACGUUAAAGGAACACAUGAGAGUCCACACAGGAGAUAAACCUUUCAGCUGCUCAGUUUGUAAGAAAACUUUCAAACGGAGUGGACAUUUAAAGUCACAUAUGAGCUUCCACACAGGAGAGAGACCUUUCAGCUGCUCAGUUUGUAAGAAAACUUUCCCACAGAGUGGAACGUUAAAGGAACACAUGAGAGUCCACACAGGAGAGAGACCUUUCAGGUGCUCAGUUUGUACGAAAACGUUUACACAGAGUGGAGCUUUAAAGUCACACAUGAGACUCCACACAGGAGAGAGACCUUUCAGCUGCUCAGUUUGUAAGAAAACUUUUAGACUGAGUGGAAAUUUAAAGUCACACAUGAGACUCCACACAGGAGAGAGACCUUUCAGCUGCUCAAUUUGUAAGAAAACUUUUAGACUGAGUGGACAUUUAAAGUCACACAUGAGACUCCACACAGGAGAGAGACCUUUCAGCUGCUCAGUUUGUAAGAAAACUUUUACACUGAGUGGAACUUUAAAGUCACACAUGAGACUCCACACAGGAGAGAAACCUUUCAGCUGCUCAGUGUGUGCUGAAUCUUUUACACAAAGUGGGUAUUUAAAGAGACACAUGAGAGUCCACACAUGAGAGAAACCUUUCAUAAAUGUGCUGGCCGCUCGUCCUCAAAGUUUCAUCAAACUGAGGAGAACAAAAGGCAAAGCCUCAAGUCUUUUUUUAAAUGCUACAAAGCUUGUAGUAACUUUAUAAAUAUUUAUUCUAUUUGUAUGAAAUGUACUAACAAUCUCAAUAUAAUUAAACAAUACUUUCUUUUCCAUGAUGUGAUAUGAUAUUCAUUUCCUUUUUUUGUUUGUUUUACAAAACAAAAAUUUGCAAACUGAUAUUUUAAUUCAAUAUUAAAAAAAAGUGCAGAGGCCUGUACUACGAAGCAGGAUUUGAGGGUCAGUGAGGUAACCUGAGGUUUAACCCUGGUUAUCAGUAUCUCUGUCUGAACUGACUGUUAACACUGUUGAGAGCAUCAAAGCAAAAAUAAUCUGAAAUUCAAAAUGUUCUGGUUUGUUUAACACUUAUUUUAAUAACAUAAUUCCAAAUGUGUUCCAUCAGAGAUUUGAUUUUCUUGAAUAUAAAUCUAGAAUGUAGAAGAUUUAAUGAAAGUAAAUCAACCAGUGAGUCAGAAGGUGAGACAGCUUCUGUACAUUAAUAGAAUAAUUACUGUUCUCUAAUAUUCUGAUUAAAUAUUCUGACUUAUGUGCAGAUCUAUGUUCUCUCAGGCUGUUUUAUUUAAUGACUUAAUUGUUGUCUGCACAAUAACAAACUUCACACCUGUGUGUGUGUGUG